UCGUGGUAGAUGUUUGUCGGCUCUCAGUGGGAUAGCCUCUAUCUGUGACCCUUGUCGCGCGAUAAUUCAUCCAGAGUUCAAGUGUGGUCUGUGACAUUACACUACAUAGACUUUUACCUUACGACCCCUUCAUUGUUUAAAAAAAACUCAACUCAAUCAGAACAGAAUAUUGUGAAUGAUUUUUUAGGAGUGUGACUUUGUAAACUCAAAAUAUAUACUUUUUUAAUAAUAAAAAAAUAAAAUAAACUUAAAAAAAUCAUCUUUGUCGAUUAAACUUCAAUGAACUUUUUUUUUAGUGUUAAAGAUUUCGAUAAGUAAAUAAGUAAAAAAAAAGACAACAAUCUCAAUAAUUUAUUUUAUUGCUCUAUGCACGUUCACGUGAUGAUUUAACGGUACAUUUUCUUGUGUAUAUAGUCUUGUGAUGUUUCCUUGUUAAUCGGUUUCUCUCUAUCUCGGCUCAACAAAAAGACACUCGUGUGCAAUUUGGUUUGGAAAAUUUCCUCAUCAUCUCGGUUCUGUGCUUUCUUGUGCUCAUACACAGUGAAUUGGCUAAGAUCAACCAUCUUCGGGUGUCUUCGAGAGGGUGAACCAGCAAAAAAACACCAUCCUGUGCAAGGAGCUCCCAUAAUACAUACAAGGAUAAGAUUGUUUUUCUGGUAUCCACUCGUGAAUUCAUUUAGCAGUGGAACUCCUUCUCUGACUUCUGAGGUCGAAACAUUUAUUGUCAAUUAAGUUUUGGAGGCAACCACUUUUAUAAGGAAAAUGCAGCAGAGUUCAUUCUGGUAUUUGAGCUGGCGAUUGUAAAAUAGUGGCGACAGAGUUCAGUCACUCGCAUCGACAUAUUGGCUAUUCCUCGUGUUGGCACAGAAUGCGCGAUGGAGUCAAACACGACAACAGUGGGUGGUGGGCGUCGGGGAAAGUUCCAGCAUCCGCAGGUGCAUCAGGUGCCUACGACGCUGCACCAUCACGAGCACCACCAUCAGAAGCAGCACCAUCGCUACCCCAAAGACGACAUUGCCAUCAAAUACCCCGGAGGCAGGUACUCGAACCAUUGUUCACCCACCCACCCGCCCUUUCCGCUCUUCCCACCACCCCCUGACUGCCCACCGCCACCCCAUACAAAUGGUGGCCCCGCUUCCGCAUCCUGCGGCACAACACCAACUUCACGAAAGGUCCACUGCUACCCCGACGACCCGGAUAGCAUAGAAUUGUGCCUAGAACCAGAACCCGGGUCCACGAAGAACUACAAAAGCGCCACGAUUAAUGGCAUCGCAGGAAGCUCGAGUGCCAGCAUCAACGCCAAUGAGCCACAGAUAAAAUGGUCUAGGAAUAAUAUAGCAGCCACGAUGGAACGAUACGAACCAUCGACUAGUUCUUACGGUUUAUCAAUGCACAACUCUUCGGGGUACCAUCAGGACUACUCGUAUGCGUACUAUGAACCAGGUGCGGCAAUGCGCCAUUCAAAUGUGCCAGUCCCCAGUAUACCGGGAACAUCAAGUCAGAUAGCUGCCGGGCCGUCGAGGCCUCCACCUCCGAAUUCAAUGAGGGCACUUCUUUCAAAAUCCUGCCGCAAUUCAACAAACUCCACAAAACCCCUAGACCGACACACAUACACCACGAGAUAUGGGACCCAGGAGAAUAUCUACGAAGAAAUCGGAGGUGACGGUAGAAUACGGAUCCUAUCGUCGGGACAGUCAAUGAUCAGCUUAAAUCAGAGUAUGGUGGAGGAGGAAUUGCGAAGGGUGCAAAAUCGCCAUAGACGCGUGUUAGGGGAACUGAAUCUCUCGGUUGAGGCCAUGAUUAUGCCAUCAGCCUCACCAACGGAUAGUCCCACGGAAGAGGAACCCAACCGAGAGCCUGAAAAUCUGGCUGAGCUUCUUAAUUCGGUAGGACCAACGGAUGAGCUUCUAUCGCCAGUGAGCUCCCAGGCGAUCGGUGGAGGUGGUGAUCUCGACAGUGGCUUUAGCGGGAGCAGUAGUGGUGCUAGUUAUGUAGGGAGUUUGAGAUAUCAUAGAACCUGUUCAGCCAUGUCUACCUUCCCCACGCGAUCAUCGACACCCAGUGCCGGUGGUGGAGGAUCCCUCUACGGUGGUAGCUGUCGAUCAUCGCAGCGAUCACACGAAGAUCCCGGCAUAUCGUCCUUCUCGACACGAUCGUGCUCCUCCUACAGCAGCGCUAAGGUGCAUCAACGUCCAGCGGAGGAUCCAGGGCCUACUAGUAAUAGUUCAGAGAUACCCAAACCGACCAAACUGAGUUUUUGGAGUCGCAAAGGAUGGCGAAAGUUCCCAGGAUUUUCCAGUACAACUAGUGUCAAUAAAGCUGGUGCUACAAAUGAUGAACCAAACUUGAAUUCGGGAUCCUGGGAGGAUUCGCUACCUCUGUCGGUGACCACCAAGGCUGCAAUGGCCACAGCACGACACAGCGGAAGUGUGGCAUCCCCCCCAGGCGCAACCCUCGCACCCACCCUCGAGCAGCGUAAUCUCUCGCACACGCCAUCAGCCAGAACUGUGUCGAGUGAGGAGAGCUGGUGCUCCGAGGGGCCAGGCUCUGAACGCUGCCUUUCAUCGGACGACGAGGACGAGAGUGACCGAAGUGCCACGUCUAGCGUCACACCACGCAACAGCCAGCUUCGGUCCACGUUCAACAAAGCACGGCAUCAUUUGUCCUUCGACAAGUGGCGCUCCAGCAGCAAUGCCACAAUGCCCACCCCACCCCAACCGGAAUCAACGACGCCAGGGGAAAGUCCCGGAGGUCGCUUGUCACGUUGGUUCUCCAUCCGGCGUGGGUCGUCACAUCAAUACGACAUCAGCGGCAAGGAUUCAGGAGAUUCCACAGACAACUCUGCACAACAGACACCCACCCAAUCCAACAAUAGUCGUACACCUUCGUCGAGUGGAAAGAUGCCCCAGUUAUCUGAAAGUGAAGAGGACUCCCCCUUUGGCUUGAGCAACUUAAUGGGCAGCCGGAGCAAUGGCUCCCUCUUGUCGUUGUCCACCCGCGGUGGAAUUGUGGGUAGGCAGUUGCCACCAACUUUACCUCCAGCGCCCGCAGGUUUGUCUCAGGAACAACUUAAACGGCGAUUAAUUGUCGCCUCAAUCUGUCACAGUGAGAAUUCUUAUAUCGGAACACUUCAACGUCUAGUCAAUGAUUAUAAAAAGCCAUUGGAUGAGAGUUCGCCGCCAAUUCUCAGCACAUCCAAGAUAUCGACACUGUUUUAUCGUUUACCUGAAAUUCUUCAAUGCCAUACCCUCUUCCGGAUUGCUCUGGCUGAAUGCGUGAGAAACUGGGAUCGUGAUGAGAAAAUUGGGGAUGUCUUCAUUGGGGCUUUCAGCAAACCCAUCGUACUGGACAUUUACAGUGGUUUCAUCAAUAACUUCUCCGCUGCCAUGGAAUUGGCAAAGAUGGAGGCUAAGAGGAAGUCUGCUCUUGCGGAUUUUUUUAAAGUCAAACAAAUUAGUGCGCACGAUAGAUUGUCCUUUUUUGGAUUAAUGGUAAAGCCAGUGCAGAGAUUCCCACAAUUCAUCUUAUUUCUUCAGGAUCUCUUGAAAUACACCCCGCAAGGUCAUCAGGAUCGAAUGGCCCUCCAGCUGGCACUGACGCAACUCGAAUCUUUGGCUGAAAUGCUGAAUGAAAGGAAGCGCGAAGCGGAACAGUAUCAGGCAUUUAAGGAGAUGCUGGGCCACAUUAGUGGGACCUUCAAUACACGAUCUCUCUCCACGGAUGGCAAUAGCCGGAAUCGAUACCUCCUGCGGGAGGACAAUGUGACACAGCUGGAGUUCAAUCAAUGCGGGUUCAUCGUGAAGAGCAAACAACGGCGUCUCCUUCUGCUCAAUGACAAAGUAAUCUGCGUGUCUGUUGCACCAAAGCAAUCAUCGGACUUUGGUGCCACGGAGAAGUUGUCGUUCAAGUGGAUGUUCCCUGUGGCGGAUGUGGAGAUUGUGGACAACAGUACGUCAGCCACAUUGUCACGCAUCCUCACAGCAGGACUCAAUCGCGGUGGUAGCCUCAAGUCCAACACCAGCCAAACGAGUGCACCCGAAGGGUCAAAUGCCCCAAAUGGUGCAGACAAUCUCUGCAAUGAAAUGAGCAAUCUCAUGCAUGACUACGAAAUUGUAUCGCGUAUCAAUGAUCUUGUUGGUUCACUCAAAGGUUCCUACUCUGAAAUUAGUACGGAUAUCACGAGGAAAAUUCUCAAUAACAUCCAAAGUUCAAUUCAGAAGAAGGACGAAGAAAUGGCCUGGAUGGACUCGUGCUGUUUGCAAUUGGUGGCAAAAUCCAAAUCCGGCAAGGAGGAGACGUUCACAUUCCAAACGGAAAAUCCCGCCGUGAAGAAGGAGUGGAUAACUGAAUUGCGAUUAGCACAGCUGGCACUUGAUUCCAAUAAUUCACCCUCAUGGGAAGUUCCCGAUCACGAGAGGAGGCCCCUCACGAAGAUGCCCCUCUUCGUCAAGGCUCAAUCGAUUCACAAAACGCAGCAUCAAACUGAAGUGCGCUGCGGAUGCUAUUAUUCGAUUACGAGCUCUCGCUUAACUGCAAGACGAAAAACUCGUGUUCAGAACUACCUUUGGGUGUGUACGACAGACGGUUCGAGUAGUCACAUCGCCAUUCUCGUGCAGCAUCCACAGCAGACGGGUCUCCUCAAGGAUGUGAGUGCAUUUGAUCUUCCCGACACCGUGGCUACGGCAAUGGAAUUCGUUCGUGGUGCUCUGGGUGCAUGCGAAAUGGACGCAUCAUCUGAGGGUACAGUCGAUGGGGAUUCCGUGUGGAUUGCCACAGAUAAUCGCAAAAUUCUCGUCUAUGCAGCCUGCAAUCCCGAGCAGGAGGAACAGGUGGCAAGUUGCCCAGUGCCUGGAAAUGUAUCCCAAAUUCUUCAUCAUUUGGACUUUGUGGUUGCAUCCCUCAGCAAUGGAUGCGUUCUCAUCUUCCGACGACGUCAAGGAGGAGCGUGGAAUCUCACAGAACCCCAAGUUAUUUCUCUAUCACCCGGAGAUCCCGUCACAAGCAUCCUUCCCAUCAAUACGAACAUUUAUGCGGCAUGUGGAAAGAAAGUUUGGGUGUUGGCGAGUGAUACGGGGGAGAUUACGAAGUCUUUUGAAGUGAAAAAUAAUCAGUACCCUGGGAAUUUGUCAGUGAAUCUAAUGGCGCACAGUGGUAUUGGUCUGUGGAUCUCACUCAAGCACUCCAGUAUCAUUUGCCUGUAUCACACGGAAUCCUUUAAGCACCUUCAGGAUCUCAAUAUUGCAUCAAAUGUCCUCAAACUCACCUCCUCACAGAAGGAAUCACCAUCGAGUUCGUCUUCGGUGUUCGUAACAGCCCUCAUGGCUACAAAGGGACUCCUGUGGGUGGGAACAAAUGUUGGAAUUGCUCUAACAAUUCCCCUUCCACGCUUGGAGGGUGUUCCAAUCAUCAGUGGGGGUGUUAGUAUAUCGUAUCAUGCACACUUCGGACCAAUAACCUUCCUCCUUCCACUAAUUCCAAAAGGAAGCUCUACGGCUCCCAAGGGGCAGCAUUUGCAUCACAAUGCUGUCCAGGGAACACCUGGAAGGGCGAACUUGGGUAGUAAGCAAGACAAUGAGAACUCCUCAGCAAGGGAAUCACCAUCAGGGAAUUCAGAGCAUCAACCAGUUGUACUUGCACGAAGGAAGAUUGAGAAGCAACUGUCGACUGAAUCUCCCAUUUCGGUGAUACCAGCCAAGUUGAAGGCGCACCUGACUAAUAGUCCAGUUGUGCUGCGUCGCCAGCGCUUCAAGGAGGCCAGUGAAUCAAUGAGAAUGUCUCAGACAUUGCCCAGGAGUCUUGGAUCAGCUGCAUUCUUCUCACAAUCCUCCCAUUCAAAUAUGUCCUCCCUGCACGGCUCUGAGCAUGGAUGUUGUGACGUCUACGGCCUCUACGGGGGACUUAUCUUUGUCAAGGAGGACUUUGAGGCUGAAGAGGGGCAGGGAAAUCUCAUGGAUCCAUCAUAUGAAUGUCUCAGACGGAGUGAUCCUGAAUUGAUUCCCAUCAAAGUCAGCACCCUCGAUCGUCGUAUGCGCAUGAAGGUUUCCCGCCCAAGAUCUCUUGAUCUCUCAAAUUGGUCCGUAGACUCACGUUCCUCCAGCAUGUACACGUCAUCGGGGAGCGAAGAGAGUAUGGGUAUGCGACUACAGAGUGUAUCACGAAAUAGUAGCAAUGCCAGCAGAAAAAUCACAAUUGCAGAGAAUUCUGUUACAGUGGACAAUCACGAUCAUCAGGAGAGUCAGCAAGUUGUCACAUCCACCCCUGUUGCUCCCACAGAAGCAACCACGCAAAUUCACCCCACUAUUGCGACCACAAUGCAAAGGACCAAGAAAAAUGGGAAGCAGGCACAGCAAUUCCCUGAGAUUGCUGGGAAGCGCACGAUCAUCACAUUAACCGGUGGCAGGGGGUACAUCAACUGGCGCCACGUGUGGUACAAUACGUCUGAGAAGCAGCAACGCUCCGGCUCAAUCAGCUCCAUCCCGCGGGUUCCCAAUUCAAAUGAUGCCCACAUUGUUAUCUGGGAGAAGAAGCUGUAGAGAGACAUUGAGAGGAUCUGUCUGUGGAUCUUCCAUUCAUUCAUCUCCGUGCCAUAGAGUCGCAUCAUAAAGAGUGCGUGUGUGUGCAUUUCUGGCCUAAAAUACCUAAAUUUUGAAGAAUUUCAGCACAAAAAAAAACAGAGUUGAAGUGGCAAAAAAAAUCUCAAAUGUGAUUGAUUUAAAAAAAAAAGAAAAAGUUUAAAUUAUUGACUUUUAUAGAAGUGAAAGAGCACUCUUUUCGGACUAAUGUACUGAGAACAAACUGUAUGACACACCCUAAUAUCUGUACGCUAUUUAAAUUUUUACAUUUAUGUCAUUCUCUUUUCUUUUUUUUAGUUUGUAGAUAGUUGUAAUGAAAUAUCAUGUAUCACAAUUUUUUAGUUUUCUCUCUCGAACAUUUUGACCCCAUCAAUAGCAGGAUAUUUUAAUGAUGGACAAUGUGUAUAAAAAAAUGUAAUUUCAGUGUCUACAAAAAAAUCAAUUCGAUGAAUAGUAAAGAAAAAGUUAUCAAAU